UAAUUAUAUUUGUCUAAUAUAUAUAUAUAAAGCCCUAGCAUUCCGUUUAACAAUUAGGGUUUUGCUCUGUGGUUGCUGCUGAUCCUCCAUUACUUCCAAGCUCUCCACAGAAGAACGAAGCCAUGGGGAAGACACGUGGAAUGGGAGCUGCGCGCAAGCUCAAGUCCCACCGCAGGAGGCAAAGGUGGGCUGACAAGGCAUACAAGAAAUCCCAUCUUGGGAAUGAAUGGAAGAAACCUUUUGCUGGUUCAUCCCAUGCAAAGGGAAUUGUCCUUGAAAAGAUAGGUAUUGAGGCUAAGCAGCCCAACUCUGCUAUUCGUAAGUGUGCCAGGGUUCAACUUAUCAAGAAUGGGAAGAAGAUUGCUGCAUUUGUACCGAACGAUGGUUGCUUAAACUACAUUGAAGAGAAUGAUGAAGUUUUGAUUGCUGGAUUUGGACGGAAAGGUCAUGCUGUGGGUGAUAUUCCUGGUGUUAGAUUCAAGGUUGUGAAGGUCUCGGGUGUCUCUCUUCUGGCUCUUUUCAAGGAGAAGAAGGAGAAGCCAAGGUCUUAAAUUUGUGGGUCCUCUUUUUGUUUUCAUAGUUUCUCUCAAGUGUUAUGAAUUUUGCUUUGAGGUGAAUGGGUUUUAUGGACAAUUUUGUAUCUUUUCUAGUUAUUCUACUGAACUUAAUCAUUUUACAUGUUUAGUAACAUAUUUUAGCUUGCCUCCCUUUUAUUCUUCAUCCCCUUUCUCUGGUUGUCGUGCUGUUGGCCUUGAACAUUAUGUUAGAGGUUUAGUACGUUUCUGUUUAGCGAUUGCUACUGAUUAUGGAUUGAUCAAAAUGAAAUCUAAUGCAAUAGGGGCUAGUAAUAACUUGAUCG